GCUGGGAGUGUGGGCUGGGCUGCGCUGAGCUGGGCCCCAGCCGCCGGGGUGGGGUAGAGCCUUGGGCGGUGCUGGGCAGCAAUCAGGGAGACCCUCCGCUGGCAGGUGGAGGUGGACCAAGAAAGCAGGCCCUCUGCAGCUCAGCCCCUGGAGCGGUUCCCUGCGCACUCGUGGACACCUGGUCCAGCCUGUCUGCCGGCAUGAGGAACACAAGCAAGGAGCUGCAGGGCGCCACGAGCCGCUACGCUCCCUGUGACUGGUAUUACCACCUUCCUGUGAAGCGGUCCGAGAAGCUCAUGGACGCCCCCCCGGCUUCCCAGAUCCCUGGCCUCAGUGAUGUGAACAAUACUCCCAGCGGGCACCUACUGGGCCAACGCAGGUACUGGAUAAAGGAAACCGACUCGGAGUAUGUGAAGCUGGCGAAGCGAGGCGGCCGGCCCGAUCUGCUGAAGCAUCUGGUGCCUGGGAGCAGGAAAGGCUCCCCGGUGGCAUACUCCUUGCCGGACUGGUACAUCCACCACAGCAAGCCGCCCACGGCCGAGCAGAGGCAGGUCCCUGUCAUCUCCAUGCCAGAUUACAUGGUGUAUGAAGAGUUCAACCCCGAUCACAGCAACGGUAACUACGAGUUCAGAAGAGGGCCCUUCGACUUUGAUGUGAAGUCUGUGUGGCAGAGGGAGGCUGAGGAACAAAAAAAGGAGAAAAAAAAGGUGCGGCUGCCAGCCAUCAACUCCAAGCUCCCGAGCAACGUGGGGACCCCGCUGGGCCCCAGAGAGCCUGCAGGAAACAGACUCUCCUUCCCUCCCAUGCCUGGGCAGAAAACCAGUUCACCCACAAACUUUUCCAAACUCAUCAGCAAUGGGUAUAAGGAUGAGUGGUUGCAGCAGCGAGUGGACUUGGACGGGAGGACCCUGCGGGCAUUGGGGGCAGCCCCACUGGCUCCAUCUGCGCAAGACACUGAAGGGCGCCAGGGCGCAGGGCCGCCCCCAGACCCUGACGUGCCCAAGGGCUCCGACCAGGACGAGGAUGCUCAAGAUUCUCCUCCACGGGCGACUUCAUCUCCAUCUGCACCCACACCAGGAGAGCUCAAAUAAGCCCCCACCAAUAUGCACCUACGAUCAUUUUCUGAUGGCUAAAAAAGAAUGUGACGAUAGCACAACCAUACUUCUAUAUUUUAGGAGCAUAGGUUCUCAUGAAAUAAAUUACCUUCUAGCCGAUCGGGCAUCACUGUUGUGUAGAUGGUACAGACACUGGGCGUUGCUUCCUGCAUUUCUCUAGGACGUGAAUCACGGGGCCUGGGAUGUCCCCGGGUCUUGGUCCUCCCCAGCGCAUCAUCCUCUGACCUCACCUGCUCCUGCGGGAGUCUCCAUCUGUGACAUAUCUAUUGAAAUCAACCUAUUUAAACUCACA